GGAGGGGCUGAAACUGAAGGAGAGCAGAGGACGGACGGGAAACUGUUCUGUUUGCUGCCGUGCUGAGAGCUCAGAGUAAAGAUGAAGCUUUUAGCCUGCCUGUGCCUGUCCGUUUUCUUAGCCCACAUUCAUCUCUCAGUGGCAGGCAAAAUCAAACUAUCAAAGCCUUUUAAGACGACAAAGAUAAAAACUAAAAACCCCACUUCAAAUAAAGGAAGUUACCCUAAGCAACCAGAAGGAGGAUAUCCUCAGUACCCAGGAAGCCAACCUCAAUAUCCAGCAAGAGGCUAUCCUCAGUACCCAAACCAACAUGGAGGCUAUUCCAACCCAGGUGGCUACCCUGGGUAUCCAGCGAGAGGUUAUCCACAGUAUCCAAACCAACAUGGAGGUUAUCCACAGUAUCCAAACCAACAUGGAGGUUAUCCACAGUAUCCAAACCAACAUGGAGGUUCUCCUUACCAUGGAAGCUACCCUCAGUACCCACAGCAUCCUGCCGGCCAUUACCCAGCUCCAGGGUAUGGAGGAGGUUAUGGAAACUAUCCAGGUAGCUACAUCAACCACAACCCAAACAACAGGAUCCUGAGCCCUCACUACGGUGGGAGUUUUGGAUUUGGUGGUUAUGGAGGUGGGGGUGGUUCUCCUUUCUCUCACUCGGUUCAGAAUAUGGGAUUUGCUCCAUCUGAUCAAUCCAAAGGGUUUGGACGCAGUGCGGCAAUGGCGGCGGCUGGAGGGGCAAUGGCAGGAAUGGCCCUGGGCUACGGAUUAGGGAAGUUCCCCCAUCCCAAUUUCCACUUUCACAACCCCCACCAGGAGUAUUACUACAACUACUACAUGUACAAGCGAUAUGGUAGGAAAUCCUCUGACAGGGACGACUACAGCAGGGACUACAAUUUCAAUCAAUCAUCUGAGGACUUUGACAAGUUCAUGACUUCCUGCAUGAAGAGGACGGACCUUCUGCCAGGAGAGAAACAGAGGUCACAAACCAAACCACUGACCACCACCACAACAACAACUUCUGCAACUAACACAGCUAUUACCACAAGAAGCAACAUCACUGCAGCGGGGAACGCCUCCUUCACCGCCAAUUCAACCAACAACCCUCUCAAUGAGUCUGAUGUUACAAAUCUGAAGGUUUCACAGACUCUCCAGAACAACGAGGCGAAUGAUGACACAGUCAGUAUUGUGGAAAUUGGCUACCCAGCGUUGAUCAACCAGAUGAAGGAGAAAAGAUGUACGGAGCUUUACGUCGUUUACUCUGAAAAACACUUGAAGAAAAAUAAACAGUCUUCACCUCACAGUGGGAAAGAAAGCCUGCAGAUGGAGCAGCAAGGGCUACUUUUUGUAUUCAUGAGCACUGUGAUGUUAAUGCUGCACAAUUAAAACCUCCACUGGGAAGAAAAUGAAGUAAAAAAAAAAAGAAAAUAACGCAAGUUUGCAAACAAACUAAUAUAUUUUUAAUUAAUGGUCUUUACAUUGCAUUCUAGCAUGACUUCUACAUUCUGGCUUCAUGGUUCAUUGUUUUUGCUCAUGACAAUGAACUUUAAUUAUGACUAAUUAUCGCUACUGCUCCUCUGCUACACCAAUUCUAACACAAAGCAGGUCAUGAAUGACUAAUUUUAGUGUGGACUAAAGGAAGCUGAAGGCUAUUUUCCUUCCUGUAGCCGCCAACUGCAGUCCAAUGCUAACAAUCUACAACAGAGUCAACGCUAAAACCAUGUUAGCUAAAUAUUUGUUUUAGCUGCCUUUUUAUUUAUUCCACCUCUACAACAGAGACACGGCAAAGAACAUGUUAGCUGGAUGUUUGCAUUUCAUCCCCCUCUCCAGCAGAGCUAACAACAUUAUUGUUAGCAUCUCCCCAGACAGAAGAAUUACAGCAUUAUUCAAGUGCGUUGUGUAAAUGUUCUAAGUUAGUAACUCCUUCAGCCGUCACAAGGAGGGCUGCAGUCUGGGAAAACUUCACUAGCCACACUAAUGACGCUGAACAUCCGCUCAGAAGUGGCAAACAAGAAAUUAAUCAAUUGUUGCUCUCUUGUUUGUCCAAACAGAAACCCUCCUGACUCUAAAAAUGGCAGCAACUGGCUCACUCUGAGCACUGAAGCAUUUUGCUCAGUCAGAGCGAGCCGGGAAAGGAGAGGCCGGCCAGAACGCCUGGUUCAUGAGCCAAACAACUUAAAAAAUAACAUUUCCUCAAACAAUAUGAUCACUGAGCGCGUUAUUGGGAUUAGAUUGCACUGUGCUGUUGACCGCACUCUGCUAUGGUGACAAGUUGAGCAAACAGACUAAGAUAUACAAUUUCUUCAAUGCUGUUCGAAGGCUAUUCAAUAUAAAUCUUAAUAUUUACUGUUUUCUGCUGUGAUCUUGCCUUAAUAUUUUUGCUGAUAUGAUUUUAUUUCUGUAACCUCAGUUUAGACAUUUGCUAUAUUAAACUUCAUAUUACUUUUAUUGUUUCUUUUACCAUAAACAUUAAUGACAUUGUUUGCUUUAAUUUUGUUUCUGAGUAUAUUUCAAGGAGGCGAUUCUAGGAUUCUAGGAUCUGACCUUUAGGGGUGCUUAGACCCCAGCAGGGCUAAGACCCAUGAGAAGAUAUUUGUUGGUGCGGUUUUAUAAAUCUAACUGCUUAUUUACAAACAUUCACAAACAAAAUUAAGACACAUGUUGUAGAAUAAAGGAACAAUGUUCAUUUUACUCAAUUUUUUUCCAGAGGUGUAUAAACUCAGUUUGAAACAGAAUCUCUAGACCACAUCAUACCUGAUAACAUCUGCUAACAUUAAUGAGACACAAACAGCUGUGGAGUGACACAGUCCUAGUGUGGAAAUUAAAAUUAAAUAUCUACUCAAAACUUUGCAUUUCCAGUCAUGUGAAGAACAUUUUACUAAAUGCAUAGGAUUAAUGAACCUAAAACCAGUUUAUUAUCAAAGUAGAAGUUCAGGUAAAUGACUAUUGAAAAUGAGUCCUUAACCUGAACUUUAUUUGAAAAUCAUACUUAGAAAUUGUAUUACCAUUAUUUUUAUCUGAACAUUUUGCAGCUGUUGGCCCUUUUUCUUUAAACAAGAAUGAAUGUCCAUCUGUGGAGAAGUAGAAAUUGAAUCGGGUUUUACUGUUUCAGUUCACAGUUCAUGAAGUGGGUCUAUCAUAGUUUCAGUACCAAACACCUUUCUGUUCACACAGAUACAGCCUAACAUUCUGCACUGUUCUUUAGUUUGACCUUAUUUAAGUGACUCCAGAGAGAUUUGGGAAAUUAAUUACAAAACAACACAACAGUCACUGAUCAAACUUAAAAAAAAGAGCAGUAAGAGUAAUUAACAAGGCCAAGGACUGCAUUGCCACCUAAAAUUGCCCAUUGCAAAAAAAUGCUAAGCAUAAUAUUUUGCACUACAAAUUGUCAUCUGAAUUAAGGUGCUGAUAAUACAAGUCUGAUCUCUUAUAGCUGAUUAUAUAUAUAUAUAUAUAUAUAUAUAUAUAUAUAUAUAUAUAUAUAUAUAUAUAUAUAUAUAUAUAUAUAUAUAUUAUCUUAACUUUAUUGCGAUUAUGUUCCUACUUUAUUCUUGCAUCAUUAGGACGUUAUUCUGGUAUUAGUACAGUUUCAUUCUCAUGUUAUAUGAACACCACAAGGAAACCAAAAAUAAAGUGUCAAUAGAAAAUUUGCAGUGAAAUUUGCAGACACUGAAUCUACAGUAAACAAGUCUGUAACAGAUGUGUAAAAUGGUGACAACAUGCAACUUAUAAGUACAAAAUAAUAAACAAGUAAAUGUGAUAGUCUUGGUCGCCCCCUAGUGGUGUGGGUGCCUUAAGCAGCUGUUUAACUCGUGCUUUGGGCCAGCUAGGUUUUACCUGUUUGUUGAUGGGUUUUAUCAAUGUUUUCUGGCAAAACCCGCCUUUUGAAGACAUUAAUAAUCUUAGUAUGAACUGUUGGGACGCUUAUCCAGGGUUGCACAUAUAUUCAUGCACACACAGCUGUAUUUCACACAUAGUAUGUUUCAUUUAUGCACAGAGAGCUUUUGGAGGAAUGAAACUUGACCUUGCAUGUUUCACUUUCAAACAAAAGGCUUUCUGUAAAAGUGAAACUUAAGCUGACGCCAUAAUAUCAGUUGACUUCUAGGCAGACAUUCCUUAGCUGACGUAGUUCAUCAGACGACCAAUAAGGCGUGUCUUAGAUAUAAAGAAUGGAUCGUCCGUUUUUGAUCAGAUGCUGUUUAAUCCCGGUGUAUUCACGUCACAACAAAUUAG